GUGACCUACAGAGUGAUCCAGGUGUCGGACGGCCAGUUAGAGGGUCAGGCAGACGGAGCUGCAGCCGUUAACCUUGUUGCUGGUUUCCCUGCAGCGACGCAGACCGUCACACAGGCCGUUAUCUCUCAGGAGGAGUUGGAGGGGGACGGCAGCUCUGAGACUCAGUACACCUAUUACCCCACCUCCAUCGCAGAUCCUUCAGCUGGCACCAUGGUGACCACUGUGCAGGCGUCUGACACACUGCUGGGUCAGACCACUCCCACAGGUCAGCUGUACGUGAUGAUGUCACCACAGGAAGUUUUGACCGGGUCCAGUCAGAGAACAAUUGCACCUCGAACUCAGCCAUACAUAAUGAAGCAGGACGCUCCUCGAGGUUCCAGGGAUGAGAAACGACGAGCUCAGCACAAUGAAGUUGAGCGCAGGCGCAGGGACAAGAUUAACAACUGGAUUGUACAACUUUCUAAAACCAUUCCAGACUGCAACGUGGACUACACCAAAACAGGACAGAGUAAAGGUGGGAUCUUAUCAAAGGCCUGUGAGUACAUUAAAGAGCUGCGACAAAGCAACAUGAAGCUGGGUGAAGAUACCAGCAUUUUGGAACGGCUGCGAGUCGACAACCAGCUGCUCAGACAGGAAGUGGAAGACUGGAAAUCCAAGAACCAGAUUCUAAGAAACCUUUUGCGACAGCAUGGCAUUGUGGGAUCCUCCAGCAAAGACUCUCAGUAAGGAGCUUAUGUCAAGCAGGUGUUUGAAGAGCGCUUCAUACGGGCCAAAAGAACGACUCGACAUGUGCUUCCUGUCAUUGAGCAUGCACACAAUGGAAGGGAUUGUUGAAAUGUUGUCAUGAGGAUUCAACAACUACUUUGAACUCCGUUUGUUUUGACGCUUAAGUCCUUUAUCUGGUAAUUCCAACACAGUUGUUGAACAUAUUGGGUCUUAAAAAUAAAGUAAAGAGUUCUAGUAAGAGCUUCAUGAAAUGCCUUCUUUCACAAACUGAUUGUUCACUAAUGUCCAGUACCUGAAGCUGUAAACCAGUUAUUUUAAACCUUGUCAUGUUGUGUUUUUAUGUUCGGUAUUUUGGUUUCAGUUUAUCCUUAAAUUGUUAUAUUUUAUCAUGACUUUUUACAAGCUGAUGCCAAAUUUGUCUUUUUUUUUCUCUUGUUUUGUUUCACUGAGCCUCUUUGGGGACACUAAUUACAUUGCAGCAAUCCAAUGUAAUUUAACCUUUGAAUUAUUUGAAUCCUAUUAUGUCUUUUUAAUAAAAAAAAAAAAGUCAAAUAAUAUGCUGUACCUCUUGGAUAAGAUUUCUUCACCUUAUUCCUACAGUAAAUCAUUGGACAUAUUGUGAUGGACUAAACAUAUGGGAACUGUUACAACUGGAAACAUACUUCAGUCAUACCUGCUGCUUCAGUUGGGUCCUGCAAGGACUAAAAACACUGUCGUCAUAUCUGAAUCAUUACAUUAGACAAAAGUGGAUUAAUUAUAUUAUUGCCUAUAAUCUGUUUGAACUAACAAAUAAACUUUCAUCAGAAUUAA